CGGUGACCGUUGGCGGGAGGGGCUGGGGACUUGGGAAGGGGGCGCCCCGCCAGGAGGUGCGCGUGGGAAGGGGCAGGGAGGGGGCGCCAGUGGUCCCCAGGCCGGUUGCCUGGGUAACGCGUGGCUCCCUGGGGCUGGCCGGGAGGGGCCGGAGGCUUGCAAGGGGCGGGGGCGGCGUGCGCGGCAGCGGUGGAGCGUAGGGGAGGGGACCGGAGAGGAGGGGAUGAGCAAACGCCAGGAGAGAGGAGGGAAGACCCGCCGCCUCCCCCCCUCGCUCGCUCGCUGAGUCGCUCCCUCCCGGGCUGCGGCUGCUGCAACAGCAGCAGCGGCGGCGGGAGCUGUCCAGAGGCCGGCGUCGAGGAUUUGCUGCUGUCUCUGCUAUCCAUCCUCCCCACGGGGGCUUCUCUCCCCUCUCCCAUUUCAAGAUGGCAGCAGGGGGAGGCGGCAGCUCUGAGGUCUCUGAGAUGAAGAGGGUUGAGGAGAGUCCCGAGACCCAGGGAGAAGGGCCUGGCCAUUCUGAAGCUGAAACUGGCCCUCUCCAGGUCCUAACAGGGAUCCCAGACCAGCCAGAGACCCCACAGCCAGGCCCAGGCACCACUACGGCACCUCUGGACUCAGGGCCCAAGGCUGGGCUGGCUCCGGAAACCACAGAGACCCCAGCUGAGGCCCCAGAAACAGCCCAGGCCACAGUCCCCAGCUUAAGCCCAGGAGGGGAAUCAAAGGCCAAAUGCAGCCCCGAAGCAGCAUGCGAAGAGCCAGCAUCCAAACCAGAAGUGAGCAAAGAGGCCACUGCAGACCAGGGGUCCAAGCUGGAGUCUGCAGCCCCACCUGAGCCAGCCUCAGAGCCUGCUCCCCAGUCAGACCCCCAGCCAGGUUCCCAGCCCACCCCCAAGCCAGCACUUCAACCAGAGCCACCUACCCAGGAGGACCCCACCCCUGAGGUCCUGACUGAGAGCACAGGGGAAAAACAAGAGAAUGGAGCAGUGGUGCCCCUGCAGGCUGGCGAGGGGGAGGAGGGCCCAGCCCCCCAGCCUCACUCGCCACCCUCAACAAAAUCCCCCCCAGCCAAUGGGGCUCCCCCCCGAGUGCUACAGCAGCUGGUUGAGGAAGAUCGGCUAGGAAGGGCUCACAGUGGGCAUCCAGGAUCUCCCCGAGGCAGCCUGAGCCGCCACCCCAGCUCCCAGCUAGCAGGGCCUGGGGUGGAGGGGGGUGAAGGCACCCAGAAACCUCGGGACUACAUCAUCCUUGCCAUCCUGUCCUGCUUCUGCCCCAUGUGGCCUGUCAACAUCGUGGCCUUCGCUUAUGCCGUCAUGUCCCGGAACAGCCUGCAGCAGGGGGACGUGGAUGGGGCCCAGCGUCUGGGCCGCGUGGCCAAGCUCUUAAGCAUCGUGGCACUGGUGGGGGGGGUCCUCAUCAUCAUCGCCUCCUGCGUCAUCAACUUGGGCGGUGAGUGGGGUUUGGGACAGGCAGGGGAGGAGUGGAAGGGUUGACAAGGGCAGCUUUACUAACCCCUGCCCCUGCUCUCUCCUGUCUGUCCUCCUUAUCUCUCCUUUGUCUCUCCUUGUCUCUCCCUCCCCUCUCCUCCCCGUCUGUCCUUCCCUCUCCUGUCUCACAGUGUAUAAGUGAGGGGCUCUGCCCUGCAUUCCAAGACUUUUCUUCCUGUUGGGAGCUGCCUUGGGCCCAGCCCUCCCCUGGGGGGAGCCCAACUGAUGGCCCUGGCCCUCAUCCCUAGGGACCAAGGGAGCCUGAGCGGCCUUGUUUACAGCUUCUUUCCUGCUCCUGCAUCCUGCCAGGCUCCUCUGCCAACUGUAGGCCUCCUUUCUCCCUGCACUGUUUCCAACCUCCUUGCACUUCUGCUUGCAUCCUCUCUAGCCUCUUGGCCCCCCAUCCCUGCACUCGGGAAACCUCUCUGUGCGCUCAGCCUCCCUGCAUCUCUCCCAGCCUCCCUGCACUUCUUCCAGCCUCCUAAAUUCUCUGGACCUCAACCCGGGCCUCCACCUCCCAACUCUCAUUGUCUUGGCAUCUUCCCCAUUUCCCAUUCCUUCCUUCCCUUCUUCAUCUCCCUUCCCUCUCCACAUCUCCCACCCCUCCUUCCCCUUCCUGCCUCCUUCUCUCCCCCAGCAUUCUAUUCUCCACCCUCCUGCCACUUUUUAUUCCGCAAAAACUACAGCACUUAGAUCAGGUUGGGGGGGCUGGGAGCACCAUCGGGAGAGGGCUCCCUAGCCCUGGGCUCUGACUGUUCUCUGCUGGGACGCCCUCAGGGUGCGCCUUGCGGUUCAAAGAGCCAGCAAGGGGUGGCGAGCACUGGGAAGGGAGAAGGGAGGGAUGCGGCAUCUGAUACUCCUCUGGUCAGCCUGAGUUGACCCGCCCACUUGGGCUUUUUAACCCCAGUCUGCGAGUUUUCUUGAAGGUGUCGGGGCUAGAGUCAUUCACGUGCUUUGUAACGGAAGAAUCAAAAAAUAAAAUAGGACCAAAGCUCCCAGCUGCGGGGAGCGAGGGAGGGGCAGGGAACUCUAUAAUUAUUUUCUAAGCUGACAAGGGAGGUUUGUUGCACGCGACAGCCUGCUGAGGAGGCGGGGACGAGCUACAACAUGGUUCGGAGUUGGCGGCUUUUUUUUUUUUUUCUAAAAAGUCUGGGGAAAAAACUAAAAUUCUUCAAAAAAAAAAAAAAAAAGGCUGUAUCACACUGAUUUUUCCCUUUUUGUAUGCCGGAUGCUGCAUGAGUCUGAAACACCAAUAAACGGAGACUGCAUGAGACUCGC